AUGGCCGAAGAAACAAUGACUACACCCCCAGCUAUUGAGGUGGAUCCUAGUCCACCAGUUGAAGUCAUGAUUGUCCCCGCCCAAGAAGAGGAAGAGAAAGUCAUCAAAAACUCGCGCGAUCUGCUUGCCCUAGUAGAUACCCAUGAGGGUCUCAUCCGAACCCCAAACCACACCAGCGUCUAUGCAACCACAUACCCCUACACAGAUGUCGAUGUCAAAAACAUCUCCUGGCUCUUCUACACCGGCCGCAUCGAUGGCUGGGCCGAUAAACUUCAUUCGUACUACACCAUGAAUGUCAGCGCUCGUGAUUACUACCCUAACCCAGUCCACCACACCAUUGACACACCGAUGAUUCGCCUGACCGCCGCCUUGAAAGAGCACAAGCCAAAGGAUGAGGCUAAGUUGAAGUAUGUCAUCGCAUGUCAGUCAAGGAAUACACCUGCAGUGUUCAAGCUGCUCGUGAGCUAUUCAAGGAAGGCGGCAGGAAUGGAUAUGUUCUACGAAUUGCUGAAUGGGAAUUCGGUAGUGUUCGUAGGCGCGGUGUUGAAAGAUGUGGCGGUUCCUGUGGAGAACCCCCAUGUUUUCCCUGCGGCUAAGUUUAAGCGGGUUGAGAGUGUUGAGGAAGCGGAGAGCCUGAAAGAUGCGUUUGGGAUUAUUUGCUAG